UGUGUAUAACUUUCAUAUGUAUGUAUAAGUGCGACGAGGAAGCAUUUUCCAAAAAAAAAUUAAAAGCUAUUAAAAAUAGUGCAAAAUAAUUAAUAAAUUUAAGUUCAAAGUAUAUGUAAUUAAACCCAAAUAACAUACGCAUAAAAGUAUCAACAAACAAAACAAUUUGAAGAAGUAAAUACGAGUGACGCAAAAACCACAUACACACAAACACACACAUAUAGGCAGCCUCAUUUUUUUUUAGAAAGUACGUGAGAAAAUACAAGUUUGGUUGUGUGCGUACGCAUGUCGAGUGGAGAGUAGGAGACUUUUUGUUUCUGUUUAGCGACACAUUUAAUUGUGGAUGGCUGACAACACAAACAAAAACAACAUAAAAACAAAAACAGAUAAUGUUGAUUGCCACACAUCAGCAACAACAACAAGAAAAGCAGCGAGAGCAGCAAGAAAUGCAUGUACCAACAACAAUCGAAACCAUGAAUUACAACAAUUGCAUUGGAAAUUGAAAUUUGUGCGACAGAAGCAGCAGAUAGCUACAACAACAAUUGUCGACGAUUGGCAGCCAUAUUUACAAAUAAAACAACAACUAAUACAAAAGCGCGAUCCACGAUAUUGCAAAGAUACGUGACGAAAAAAAGUUCGAGAAGAGGAAGACGAAGACUGACUUGCGCAUGAAAUUAGUGUGAAUUAAACAAACAAAUAAAUAAAACCAAUAACAAAAAACUUUUGCAAUACAUACAAAAAUCACGUCAAAGCUGUAUUGAUUAACGAAUAGACGAAACAAAAAAUAAAUAAAAAAUUAAAACAAAAGCAUAUACGAAAUAUUAUGGAAAUAGCUCCUAUCUUUAAUACCGCCGUCGUCGCUACAGCUGCCGCUGCCUCAGCCGCCACUUCGUCGACGUCGUCGUCAACGCCAGCGUCUCAGCACAAGCAACGACAGAGACGCAGCACUGCAGCAGCAACCGCCGUUUUGGCAACCGCAACAACUACAACAACAACUAGAACACAUACCAACAACGCUCCACUUGCUCCGGGUAAAGAAAGCAACUCUAAUCCAAAUGAUAACGUCAAUAACUUGGCAUUGCUUGCGUCGCUGACUUUGCAAAAGGUGCUCAACAUCAACAAUAUCAAUAACAACAACAACAAUCACAUACAUAAUAAUAACAAUAAUAAGAAUGGCACAAGGAGCGAUAGUGCGACGUCUUAUCAGCAAUUGUCAGCAGUUGCUGCGAAGGCAACAACAGCAGCGCUCAAACUACAGCAGCAGCAACAACAACAACAACAACAACGACGACAUUCUGAUAACGAAGCUGAGAAUGAUGUAUUAAAUCAAUUGCUAAAAACGGGCGCGGUGUUUACAACAACAUCAACAACAACAGCUGCUGCUGUCACGCCCACUGGCGUUCACAGUGCGCCCAUUGCCAUCGAGAAGAAGACGCAACAUCAUAAGCAACAGCAACAACAGCAUCAGUUGCAGCUGCAACAACAGCAGCAUGGAGGAAAUAGCGCACAAAAGCAACGCCUCAACUCAUCCAUAUCAUCGACUAACUCAAGCACAUCCAGCAACUCCUUAACGGCCAACAGCUAUGGGAGCUCAUGCUCCUCCUCGGAGGAACCGAUGACGGCACUGACCACGACAACAUCGUCAACAACAAGAGGCGUAGGCAUUAUAGCAACCACUAACAACCAUAACAACAACAGCAACAAGUCGUCCAGCAUUAAAUUGCCAGAGAAAUCGAAAAUUCCGUCCGAUAUACUCGACGAUCUGGCCAGCCGCUUCAUCAUCAAUGUGCCGGACAUGGAGCUUAAUAAUCUAAUACGCAUUUGCUUUCAAAUUGAGUUGGCUCAUUGGUUCUAUUUGGACUUCUUUUGUGCCCCAGCCACGGAUGCCGUUGAUCAAAUAACACAGCAGCAGCUGCAGCUGCAACGGAAAUUGCCCAUUGUUGGCAUCAAACAAUUUGCCAUGCAGAUCUUUCAGCACAUUCCCUUUCUGAACAAGCAUUUUGGCACAGUCGAACAGAUAUUGGAGGAAUGGAAGAACUAUAAGCUAUCGGUGCCCACAUAUGGCGCCAUACUUGUAUCAGAGGAUCUCAAUCAUUGUCUGCUGGUGCAAUCAUAUUUUGCUCGUAACUCUUGGGGUUUUCCUAAGGGUAAAAUCAACGAGAACGAGAAUCCUGCACACUGUGCCACCAGGGAGGUGUAUGAGGAGACGGGCUUUGACAUUACGGACAUCAUUGAUGCGGAUGAUUACAUUGAGGCUCAUAUCAAUUAUCAAUAUACACGGUUGUAUAUAGUGCGCAACAUACCGCUGGAUACGCAGUUUGCGCCGCGCACGCGUAAUGAGAUUAAGUGCUGUGAUUGGUUUCGCAUUGAUGCAUUGCCGGUCAAUAAGAACGAUGCCAUAUCAAAAGCCAAAUUGGGCAAGAAUUCCAAUUCUUUCUUCAUGAUCAUGCCAUUUGUUAAGCGCUUGAAGAAGUGGGUGAAUGAUCGACGCAAUGGUGUCGAGCCAUCGACGACUCGUCGUAACAAAUCCUCUGGCCAGCACAGUCCCAGGGCCAUUCUAGGUGCCGCCAAUUCCGCAUCGCCCACAAUGCUGAUCAACAGCAAUGGCAACAAGAACAAGGAGCAGACGUCGCGACGUCAGCGACACAAGUCGAUGGGUGAUUUGGAUGGUGUUAAAUUGAAUAAUCUCAAUGGAAAGUCGGGCGCUGGUUGCAAUGGCAACAGCAAUGUGAAUGGCAACAGCAACGGCAGCGGCAACAUUUGCAAUGGCAAUAUCAAGCGGAAUAGCAACAGUAACAAUAAGCAACUGAAUGUGGCUGCAGGCAGCAAUACAAUAACAACGGCAACAACUGCAGCAGUGCCAGCAGUUUGGGGAACACCAGCUGUUGCUGCAGCAACAGCUCCAACUCCAACAACAACAACACCAGCUGCAACAAGUAGCAAACGCCAACUGUUUCAUAGCCAAAGCCAGAAUGAUGCCCAACAGCCGGCAAGCAAUGAGAAGGUAAGCAAUGGAAAGCCGUUAACAAAUGGUGAGAAUGCUAAACAGAAGCCAUUGCAGAUUGUCAGCUCCUUUGAUUUGAUACGCAAGGAAAAGCAGCAGCAGCAGAAGGCGGCCAAGGCUCUCAAGCAACAGCAACAACAACGUUCGCGUACCAAAUCGCAGAGUGAUAAGCAAAGCAAUCAACAGCAGCCAAUGGUUGUCAAAAGCAUUUUAACCAAGAAUAACACACAACAACUACUGCAGCAACAACAGCAGCAGCAGCAGCAACAACAACAACAAAGCAAUCCAACAACAGGAAUCGAUUUGAUUGCCAUGCUGACAGCAGCAGCUGCAGCACAAAAGACACCAAACCCGGAGCAGCAGCAGCGUCCACGACCUGCUUCGGUGGUUUCACUUAACUCGCCAACAGCAGCAGCUGUUGGCGCUGCAUCUAGCAGCAACAUUAGCUCAACGCCAGAUGCUCAAACACUGCACAAAUUGCAGCGCAUGGCAUCGGGCACCAAUUUGCGCAUCUUAAAGCGUGCGCAAUCGCAUCAACCACUGGCACAGCAGCAACAAUUGCAGCUACAACAACAUCAGCAGCAACAACAACAACAUCAGCCGCAAGUGCAACAACAACAGCAACAGGGGGCCACUUACAUUUACGCCCAAUUUUAAUUCGUGGACGAAUUUCACAUUUACCAAAAAUAUUAUAGCAAAUGUGUUUUGCUAAAUCAAAGAAUUUGCUUUGGUAAUAUUUCACAAAAACUUCCUAAAAACCAAAAUUCUCCUGCAUCUUUAUUUGCAUUUUUCUAAGUCAAAAGGCCAGCAUGUAGGCAGCAUAAGAGGACCGUUAAAUAACCGUUGAAUACUAUAUGUUUUAACAGACUUUCCAUGGAUCUCUCGAAGCGCACAUUUUCGAGAUGCAUUUUUUCAACAUUUUCUACAUUGAAUUGUAAAUAGCUAACAAACAGCAAGGAAUGUAUAAAACUUUUGUAAUUAACGUAAAAACAUUUUGAUACCAAAAAAAAAAAAAAAAACAAAAA